AUGACACAAGCACAGACUACGUUUAUAAGCACAGAUGUUCAUCUUUCGCCCAUAGACACCAACUGCUUAUUUGAUGAAAACAGACCCCUUAGUAGUCCUAAUCCAGUUGAAUAUCCACUGGAGAUGUCUCCUAACCAGAGAUACUGUAGAUUGAACUUAUUGUUAGGCCGUGGUACAUUCAAGACAGUAUACAAAGCAAUCGAUAGAGAAGAAGGAUACGAAGUAGCAUGGAAUGUGAUUCAUAAUGACAGCCAACAAGAUGUUGCACAGGAAGUUGAAUUAUUAAAAUCUAUUCGACAUCCAAAUAUUAUUGCAUUCCACGACGCAUGGCUCAGUGAUAAUAACAUAGAAUUCAUUUUUGUUACCGAGUUGAUGACAUCCGGCACUCUACGCCAAUAUAUACAAAAACUCGGUUUACCUAAUAUUAAAAUUGUCAAGAAAUGGUCUCGUCAAAUUCUCAAAGGGCUAGCUUACUUACACAGCCAUAAUCCGCCUAUUGUACAUCGAGAUAUCAAAUGUGAUAAUAUCUUUGUAAAUGGUGCACAUGGUGAAAUCAAGAUAGGCGAUCUAGGUACAGCUGGAACUAUCUGGACUGGUGAUAAAAGAUACACUAUGGUUGGAACACCCGAGUUUAUGGCACCAGAAAUGUAUGAAGAGGAUGGUUAUAAUGAAAAGGUGGAUCUCUAUGCGUUUGGUAUGUGCCUAAUUGAAAUGAUGACAGGUGAUUAUCCUUACGCAGAAUGCAUGAAUACCGCGCAAGUCUAUAAAAAAGUGUGUCAGAGUAUUAAGCCAGAAUCCAUUGCCAAGAUUCAAAAUCAGCAAGUCUUGGAUAUAAUUGAAAGUUGUCUGUGCGCAAAUGAGAAUGAGAGACUAUCUGCUCAGGAAUUACUAGAAAGCCCCUUUUUAGCAAUUGAACCUGAUGUAAUACUGUUAGCCAAUGAUGUUACAUGCGAAGAAGGAGUCAUCAUACUACAGGUUGUCUUUAAAGGAUCAGAUAGACGAGCCGUAAAGUUUGAUUUUAAUUAUAAUGAAGAUAAAGCAGACGAAGUAGUAUCAGAGAUGAUUGAAGAAAAUGUAAUACCCGCAAGACAUCAAGAGUGGAUCGUAAGCGAAAUUAAUCGCAUUGUAGGAGAAAUGGCAGAACACUCAAAUAAAAGCAGCGGAGAGAGCCAAGAGACAACAGUCUGGCGAAGAGAGUGCGAUAUUAGGAAAGAACUAGAAAGAUUGAAACAAGAGUUACUUGUGGCGCAAAAAAAGUUUCUAGAAGCAGAAAAGAGGUGCGUUCAUUUAUUGCAGCAGGCGAUUAUAGCUGAAGAGAAAGAGCAAUUAGCUGUUCUUGAAUUAGAAAAAGUCAUAGUAGCCAAAGCCCUUCAAGAGGAAGCUUUACUGUCAGACGGAGAACCAUCAUCUCCAGAAACACUUUUGAACAAUAUUGUGGCAAAAGAAUAUGAUGACAAUGUGAUAAUAGAUAUUUUUGUUGAGGAUACAUGUAAAGCAACUAAGAGGACACGCUCAAAAGCAAUUGAAUGGACUGAAAAAUUAAAAGAACAAGAUAUUUUAACAGUAGGUGACUUACGAGAGCUUAUAGAUGAGGACUGGUCCAAUCUUGGCCUCACAAUAUUCGCUGUCCGUGCAUUGAAAAAUAUGCUGCAAAAAUAG